UUGAGGGAUUCCCUUUUCUUUUUGUCCCCAAGUCGCCCCAAUCCAAUUUUUACCUUAACUUUACUUUGAGACUCGAUUUUAGAUUCACCUCCAUUAUUCCGAUUACAUUAUUCUCCUGACCAACAUGAUGGCAUACAUCCCUCCACUCGCACCUGGCUUCUUCUCGUCAACAUGGCACCGAUACUACUCUACAAUAGGAGAUUGUUUACCCCUAACUUUUUCUGGUCAACUUGGUCCUCGAAGAUGCCUUACGUUCCUUCCGUCACGAACAGUGACUGUCAACAAGUCGACCAACUUGUAAGGCCGCCCGCAUUGGACAAGCCAACCGCGCAACCCUCUCCCGCGAAGCCCCCCCAACAACCUUCUAUAUCCGUGACGCCAACGGCACCGACCUAUUCAUCUCCUGUCAGUUGGAAGCAAAUCCUAAGCACAAUGUCUGCCAAAGGACAGCCAGCCUACGAGCGCCAGCGGCGAUCGCCGGUGGAGCGGGCGCUGUUCCAACUUCUCUUCGCCAUGACAAAAGGGGCAGAGUUUCCUCAUUCGGUUUCGGUGCUGAUCCAAGUUUUUGAGGAUCUUCAGUUAAUGGCAUACUCGCUCAAGCAUCAUUUGGACGUUCCAUACGCGCCACAAUGGUUGGCGUCCAUUUUACACCCGGCGGACUGGACGCGAGACAGCUGGGGAGUUUUCGUUCCGGUGUUCUGGCUUUGUUUCGCUGCUACGAUGCUUACGACCGGCCUGAUGGCAUACGUCGCAGUGCAAUUUCAAAGAGGAUCGUUCAAAUACGUUUGGCCUCUUGCCCUUUUGCGCUAUCUUUCCACUCUCCUGACUUCCUUGUUGUUUGAGCCUAUGGUGACAAUAUUUCUCAUUGCUCUGCAAUGUAUCGAUUCUCCCGACGGCACCGGCAAAGUAUUCUCCCAGUUUCGCACCGUUUCCUGUAAUGGAGCCAACUUAUCUGUACUUGCGCUUGGGGUGUUGGGCCUCGCCCUUCUCAUCCCUCUCGGUCUCCUUAUCACUUACGUUUUUGUUGAAUGUUCACCGUCGAGCAAGAACCCUCAUGCAAAGGCGAACGGAUAUUGUGAUCUGGUCUACCUGGUCGUAAAGGUACAUUGUGAGGGCUUUCUUUUCUUUCUCGUUGCGUACUUGACCCUUUCCCUCCGUGCCAGGCAUUGUUGGUCGUCAUCGAGCACAACUCGACUGCUGACAAACCCUUGGUGGCUCAAUUCUUCCUCCUUCCCAUGCUGGUGUACUUUUACUGCCGUUAUAUGCCAUAUCUCUCUGAAGACUUUAUGCGCCUGCGAGUCGGGAUUUUCUUAGGGGCAUUUCUAUCCGCCAUAAUCAGCUACAUCACAUAUCAGAUAGGCGUCCACGAUUCCCCGGCCCCGCUAGUGAUGAUCAUUUUAUCUGUCCCAAUCGGGCUGGCCCUAGGGCGAGGACUUCUGAUGUUUUCGAAGAACAUCAUUAUCCGCCGGAUUAUGCGCAACUUGAAGAUCAAGAUGGAGCAUGAUUCUCAGGAUGCAGAGAGUGGAAAGCUGGACCGUCCGAAGCGCCGUGGGUCGUUGAUGAGAUCGAUGACAAUAGAUGAAAAUAACGGAGUCGGAACAACUCCCCGACACAAAGGUUCAAUCACCCUUGAGAAUAGUUCCGGCAAGCUAACCGCACUCCAUGCCGUGGGACAUUUUCAAACGAUAGCGGCAAGGAAGCUUGUGGAGCCGGCCCCUGUCUUCCAUAGUGCUUUGGAGCC